UUCCAGUCCCACUAAUGAAAGUGGCCCAAAUUUUCCACUCGAAGUUUUGCUUUCGAUUCUUAACAUUCCUCGUGGAAAUCAUGACGUUCUAGACCAGAAACAUCCCAAAAACAUCCCAAAAGAACAAAAGCACUCAAAGCCCUCGUUCCCAAAUCCUCAAUUCAUGGCCCAGCGAGCAACAAUGGCGGAGAUUACCCACUCGUAAGUCGUAUCUACCAACCUCUCUCUUUUACGCCGUAUAAAGCAGUAGUAGUAGCAGCAGCAUUAGCAGUAGAGAGAUUUAGAUUCUUUUUUUCUUUUAGUAAAUGAAAAGGACAAUGAUCAUGAUGAUUAAGUGGGAGAGUUCUAUAAGGAGAAGCAGCAGAAUUGAUCGUAAGAAGGAGAAGAAGAAGAAGAGGAAGAGGAAGCGAAGUUGAUGUUGGAAAGCGUUCGUUGACUCUGAAUUCGAUUUGGGUUUUUUGGGUUUUGGCCUUUUGGAUCGUGACUUCUCUGACAGCCACCUUCGCCUACCACCCACCACCAACUCAUCUCUCGAGCUUCUUGCCCUUUUGAAUGAAAGGUCUCUAUCUAUCUCACUCCUUUAUCUCUUCCUUAAAUGCUCCAUCCCUACCUCAGGCUUUGUAAUUCACUCCCAUUUGGCUCUCUAGCUUGUGCCCAGUUCAGUUUCAAUCCCCUUAAUCUAAUCUCUUCACUUUCAACCUCUCUCUCUCUUUCUUUUCCCAACCUUAUGGGUAUUGUUAGUUUUAGAUAAUUUAAUUUAGUUUGGGCUUCUUCCUUGGCUUGUUCUUACUUUGUAGAGCUUGAUUCCAUUUCGUCUAGAAUCAAGAAAUGUCUGAUUUUGAUUGUGACAGAUAACGUUCUUCAUCUCUAUUUUUUGGGCAAUUUACACUUGAAUUUUACUUAAACCCUUAAUGUAAUUCAGCUGCAGCGUGUCAUCAUGUGCUAAAUUGAGCUUUAUGUAGGCAGAUUCUGCUCUUGUAUUAGUCAUUUUAUUUGUUUCCUGUCGGUUCCAACUGGUUUUGAUCGCUUUUCUUGCUCCUGCAAGCCUGUGACUGCAGUGCUGCUUGCAUUGCUCUCAAUUGUUGAGUCAGGACAUGUUUGUUAAUGAGAUUUUUCCCGUAGAAGCCUCUUGGCCUGCUUUCAUGUUGCCCCUCAAUCCUUUCUUGCUACCGGUUCUAUCAUUGAAGAUGGAACGGCUAACACCAUAUACCAGGGGAAGUUCAAAUUGCAUUCAUCUUUAUAGCUGUUUCUUGUUAUUCAAAUCAUAAGCUCAAAAAGUCAUCUCUUUUCCUCCUCCACUGCUUAACAGUUUGUUCCUCUCCUGCUUUCCCCCUCCUCUGUUUGUUCGAGAAAUAGUCUUGAGAUGGCAACUCGUAAGGCUUUUUCUCCAGUCAACAAUCAUUUUCAGUUAAUACUGGUGAUUUCUUACUGCUUUAUCUUUGUUGUAUCACUAAAUGAAGAGGGGAAUUCCCUUCUGGAGUUCAAGAACAGCUUCAUUGACAAGAGUAACAAUCUUCAAAACUGGAGUCCAUUGGAUCCAACUCCUUGCAGUUGGAGCGGAAUAGGGUGUACCAUUUCUAAGGUAACUUCCAUAAAUCUCCACAGCUUCAAUUUGUCUGGGAAUCUGUCUCCCGUGGUCUGUGAGCUCUAUUACUUAACUGUGUUAAACAUGUCAAGCAAUUUCAUCUCUGGUCCUGUACCUAAGGAAAUGGCCUACUGCCUGAACCUGGAUGUUCUAGACCUUAGCACAAAUAAAUUCCAUGGAGAAAUACCCCCCGAGCUCUCUGGAUUGUCCAAACUAAGAAAGCUCUUUCUGAGUGAGAACUAUCUGUAUGGUCAAAUCCCUGCUGAGAUUGGAAACUUGAUGUCUCUUGAAGAGCUUGUCCUUUACAGUAAUAAUCUGACAGACACUAUCCCUUCAUCAAUUAAGAUGUUGAAAAAGCUUAGGAUUAUCAGAGCAGGUCGGAACCUUCUCUCAGGUCCAAUACCAGUUGAAAUCAGUGAAUGUGAUAGCCUGGAGAUUCUAGGGUUGGCACAGAAUAGGCUCGAAGGUUCUUUUCCUGGGGAGCUUCAAAGGCUUAGGAAUCUCACUACAUUGAUUCUUUGGCAAAACCAUUUAUAUGGUGAAAUUCCUCCUGAGCUUGGGAAUUGCAGUAGCCUGGAGUUGCUUGCCUUGAAUGACAAUGCUUUCAGUGGAAGCAUACCAAAAGAGAUUGGGAAAUUAUCCCAUCUAAAAAGGUUGUAUCUCUACACCAACCAGUUGAAUGGGACAAUUCCAAGGGAAAUUGGCUAUUGUAGAAGUGCAGUUGAGAUUGACCUUUCUGAAAAUGGGUUAACGGGGUUGAUUCCCACGGAGCUGGGUCAGAUUCCAAAUUUACACUUGCUUCAUCUUUUUGAAAACCUUCUGCAAGGAAGUAUUCCGAGGGAGCUUGGGCAAUUAGGACAACUAAGGAGCUUAGAUCUGUCCAUCAAUAAUUUGACAGGUCGAAUUCCUUUAGAGUUUCAGAACCUUGCCUUCUUAGAGAAUUUGCAACUCUUCGACAACAACCUUGAGGGUACCAUUCCUGCCCUCAUUGGGGCUAACAGCAAUCUCUCUGUUCUUGACAUUUCUGAGAAUAAAUUUGUAGGUGGCAUACCGCCACAGCUUUGCAAGUCGCAGAAGUUAAUGUUUCUGAGCCUUGGGUCAAAUAUUUUGUCUGGUAACAUUCCUUAUGGGCUAAAAACAUGCAAGUCUCUUGUACAGUUAAUGCUGGGUGGCAACCGGCUUACUGGAAGUCUUCCUGUUGAAAUAUCUGGACUGCAGAACCUCUCAGCCUUAGAAUUGUAUCAGAACCGAUUUUCAGGGCCAUUAUCCCCAGAAAUUGGCAAGCUUAAAAAGCUAGAGCGGCUUCUCUUGUCGGACAACUAUUUCUUUGGUCAAAUACCUUCAGAAAUUGGAGAAUUAGUGCAGCUUGUUACCUUCAAUGUCUCAUCUAACCUACUCUCAGGGAGUGUCCCUCAUGAGCUUGGCAACUGCUCCAAGCUUCAGAGGCUUGAUCUGAGCAGAAAUCAGUUCACUGGUAACAUUCCAGAAGAGCUUGGCAAUCUGGUGAAUCUGGAACUGUUGAAACUAUCUGACAACAGACUGAAUGGAGCUAUACCACAUACUUUAGGCAGUCUGUCCCGACUCACAGAGUUGCAAAUGGGAGGGAAUUAUUUGUCUGGCAAUAUACCCACUGAGCUAGGUCAACUUACUGCCCUGCAGAUUGCUCUCAACAUCAGCCACAAUGCACUCUCCGGAGCAAUUCCAGACAAUUUGAGAAAUUUGCAGAUGUUGGAGUCGCUAUACUUGAACAACAAUAAACUGUCUGGUGAAAUACCUCCUUCCAUAGGUGAGUUGUUGAGCUUAAUGGUUUGCAACCUUUCUAACAAUAACCUGGUAGGAAUUGUGCCCAAUACCCCUGUUUUCCGGAGGAUGGAUCCCAGCAAUUUUGCCGGAAAUAAUGGUCUAUGCAGGUUGAUGUCAAACUCUUGCCAUGCAUCUUUAGUUCCAUCUUUCACUCCGCACCCAAGUUGGAUAAAGGAGAGUUCAUUGAAGGAGAAAAUAGUAACCAUUACGUCAGUGACUGUAGGAUUAAUUUCUUUGUUUCUUACAGUGGGUAUUUGUUGGGUUAUGAAGCGCCAGGGGCCUGUUUUUGUUUCGCUUGAAGAUCAAAUUAAGCCUGACAUGUCUGACAAUUAUUAUCUUGCCAAAGAAGUUUUUACAUAUCAGGACCUUUUAGAAGCUACUGGUUAUUUCUCAGAGAGUGCAAUUAUUGGGAGAGGAGCGUGUGGAACGGUUUACAAGGCUAUCAUGCCUGAUGGCAAACUUAUUGCUGUUAAGAAGCUGAAGUCCCGUGGAGAAGGAUCUAAUGUUGACCGCAGCUUUCGUGCUGAGAUAUCAACCCUGGGAAAGAUCAGUCACCGCAAUAUUGUGAAGCUCUAUGGUUUCUGCUACCACCAAGAUUCUAACCUUCUCUUAUACGAGUAUAUGGAGAAUGGUAGCCUAGGAGAGUUCCUCCAUGGGAAUGGGCAUAACUGCCUGUUAGACUGGAAUACUCGGUAUAAAAUUGCUCUUGGAGCUGCAGAGGGUUUAUGCUAUCUCCACUCUGACUGCAAACCUAAAAUAAUCCAUCGGGAUAUCAAAUCAAACAACAUUUUACUGGAUGAAAGUCUGGAGGCUCAUGUUGGAGAUUUUGGCUUGGCUAAGUUGAUGGACUUUCCAUACUCAAAAUCCAUGUCUGCUGUUGCAGGUUCAUAUGGCUACAUUGCCCCCGAGUACGCUUACACAAUGAAAGUCACUGAGAAAUGUGAUAUCUACAGCUUUGGAGUCGUUUUGCUCGAAUUAAUUACUGGAAGGUCUCCUGUUCAGCCCCUUGACCAAGGAGGAGACCUGGUAACUUGGGUAAGGAGGUCAAUACAGAGUAUGGUCCCAACAUCCAAUAUUUUUGAUCACCGGCUAGAUCUGAGUGUGAGGAGUACAGUCGAGGAGAUGUCUUUAGUGCUCAAGAUCGCCUUGUUCUGUACAAACACAACACCGCUAAAUAGGCCAACUAUGAGGGAGGUAAUUGCGAUGCUGAUUGAUGCUAGGGAAUCAGCAUGCAAUUCUCUGUCUUCGCCAACAUCAGAAACCCCUUUUAAUGAAGAGGCUGCUUGCAGAGGACAUGGGGAGCCAUAGAUUCUUCCUUAGAGGAGUGGAGUAUGCAAUAAAGAUUUUCACCUCGUAGGUUUAUCUACUGACUAUGCAACCCAUCUCACCUGAGUUGUGGCUUCAGAAGUAGAGAUAAUUUAGUUGUAUUUCUUCCGGCCUUCCCUAUAUACAAAGAGGCGAUGUCUCACUCUAAACACCUCUCCCCUCAA